AUGUGGUUGCCAAAAAAUCAAUUGGAGAAGAAGGGAGGGAAUGGAUUGGUGGCAGUGGCAAUAGACAGAGACAAGAACAGCCAGAAUGCAUUGAUAUGGGCAAUUGACAAUCUCCUCCAAAGGGGCAGAACAGUCAUUCUGAUCCAUGUUGAGAUUAAACAUGUCUCCCAUUCCUCAGCGUCUAAUGUUUGUAACUACAAUGCAAGAGAGGAGAGUUUGGUCCUAUGCAAAGAGCCUGAUGCACAGACCAAGAAACUGUUACUUCCUUUCCGUUGUUUUUGUACACGAAAAGAUAUACAAUGCAAAGACAUCAUGUUGGAAGACAUAGAUGUAGCCAAAGCAUUGACGGAAUACGUUUCGCAAGCAGCAAUCGAGAACUUAGUUCUCGGUGCCUCGGCAAGAAAUGGAUUCCUUAGAUUCAAGGUAACGGACAUUCCAAGCUCUGUGACAAAAGGGGCACCAGACUUUUGCAAUGUAUAUGUAAUAUCUAAGGGAAAGGUUCAAUCACAGCGGUCUGCCUUGCGUCCUGCUCCGGCCAACUCACCUUUACGUUUCGAGUUUGAGAAGACAUCAAGCCUAAACUCGGAGCCACUGGAGCCUAAUGUUUCUCCCUUACCUACUGCUUCCAUGAAGGGAUUUGAAAAGCCACCAGAACCGCUGCGCAAAUCACAUGACGACAUUGAUUCCAUCAGGUCUCCAUUCACUAGAAUAGGUCUAAAAGGAAGAUCACAUGGGGAACUUCCUAUGCCGGAUAGCGACAUAUCUUUCAUCAGCUCCGGGAGACCGAGCGUUGAUCACGUGUACCAAUCAUUCAAUGACAACCUAGACUCAGGCAGGACCACACCAAGGGUGUCAAACGGCACAGACGUGGACCUUAACGGCAGCUUUGAGUCUAUGCAGUUUGGGUGGAGGUCGGUUGAUAACUAUUCCCUAUCGGAAUUCUCUUCAUUUUCUCAAGACAGUGACAACUUGUCUUGCUCGUCACAGGACGAUGUGGAGGCUGAAAUGAGGAGGCUAAAGCUUGAACUCAAGCAAACAAUGGAAAUGUAUAGUACUGCAUGCAAAGAAGCACUCGCAGCAAACAAGAAGGCGGUAGAACUCCAACGGUGGAAAAAGGAAGAAGAGAGGAGAUUAGAAGAGGCUCGACUCUCCGAGGAAGCUGCAAUCAUGCUUGUAGAAAAGGAAAGGGCCAAGUCCAAAGUAGCCAUUGAGGCUGCAGAGGCAGCUAAGAGGAUUGCAGACCUAGAAGUACAAAAACGAAUUAGUGCAGAAAAGAAAGCGCUCAAAGAAGCAGAGGAGAGGAGAAAAGCGUUUGAUGCUUUGGCAAAGACAGAUAUCAGGUAUAGGAAGUACUCAAUUGAUGAGAUUGAGGCUGCGACGGGAUCUUUCCAAGAGUCCCGGAAGAUUGGAGAAGGUGGUUAUGGACCUGUGUAUAAGGGUUAUCUAGAUCAUACACCUGUAGCGAUAAAGGUUCUGCGUCCGGAUGCAGCUCAAGGAAGGUCACAAUUUCAACAGGAGGUUGAGAUUCUAAGCUGCAUGAGGCAUCCUAACAUGGUCCUCCUCCUGGGAGCCUGCCCAGAGUACGGCUGUUUAGUUUAUGAGUUCAUGGCUAAUGGGAGUUUGGAAGACCGUCUUUUCCGUCAAGGAAACACCCGUCCUCUCUCUUGGCAACUCAGGUUUAGAAUUGCGGCUGAAAUUGGCACUGGCUUAUUGUUCCUCCACCAAAGCAAGCCAGAGCCACUUGUGCACCGUGACCUAAAACCGGCAAACAUUCUCCUUGAUCGCAACUUCGUUAGCAAGAUUAGUGAUGUCGGCCUGGCCAGACUAGUACCCUCAUCAAUUGCUGACAAUGCGACUCAAUACCGCAUGACAUCCACAGCAGGCACUUUCUGCUAUAUUGAUCCCGAAUAUCAGCAAACGGGCAUGCUAGGUGUAAAGUCCGACAUAUACUCCCUAGGAAUCAUGUUUCUACAACUAAUAACAGCAAGGUCAGCUAUGGGGUUGACUCAUCAUGUGGAGAGGGCUCUUGAGAAGGGGACUUUGGCUCAAAUGCUUGAUCCAGGUGUGCCAGAUUGGCCAAUUGAAGAAGCCUUAGACUUUGCCAAGCUCGCUUUGAAGUGUGCAGAGCUAAGAAGGAAAGAUAGACCAGACCUUGACACGGUUAUCCUCCCAGAACUCAAUACAUUGAGAGCGUUUGCCGAAGACAAUAUGCAGCUCAUGUUUUUGGACGGCGACGGAAGCCCCAUGUCCAACUAUAGCCAAGUCUCCCUGCAGCUAGUAAGUUUGACUCGCUCCUCAUAA